AUGAGUGGAUCAGACAUUCGUGACAUUCUACAGCUUGGAAAAACCAAUGAGACUACAGUACGAAGAUUCAAACAAUCAACAGAAAAGAGACCAGAGGGAUUUAGUCGUGAGCUUUAUUCUCUUAUUGGAGGAGCACCGCCAGUUGCAUUUGUUCAACCGACUUACAAGGCCAAAUAUAAUGUCAAGAAAAAGGCAGUUCCAUGGGUAUUACAGCCAUUUGCCAAUCCUGCAAGGGCAGGAGAUCUGAUAUUGCAACACUGGGUCAAAGCGAGCGAUGCGACCAAUGAAGGCAAUUUAAAAAUGAUAAAAAUGUAUUAUCCCGAGUGGACCAAGGAGGAAACAGAAUACCUAUUUAGUCUAUGCCGGCAAUAUGAUCUACGGUUUCCAAUUAUUGAAGAUCGAUAUGAUUUGCCUAAACCAAGGACAAUGGAGGAUCUCAAGGAUAGAUAUUACAGUGUAUCCCGCAAACUGUUCAAGGAACGGCCUGCCCUGGAUAAUAAUACCGACCGGCAGACUCUGAUUCAACAAUAUUCGUUCGACAAGUCUAAAGAAGUAGAGCGUAAACAGGCAUUAAUUAUUCUUUCCAAUCGAACCAAGGAACAGAUGGAUGAAGAAGAGGCAUUGUUGGUGGAGGCACGCCGUAUUGAGCUGAAUGAGGCGCGCCUCGGGAAGGAGCGCGAGGGAUUGUUGAACAUGCUUCAAUUGGAGCAGUUACAACAGGUACCAUCUACACCAGGAACACCUACAACCCACAGCGCUUUGAAUGGAGGUAGCUUAGGAUCCACACCAGGGGGUAUUGGUAUUACGGGUGGGACAGCUAGUGCGGCGAGUGGGUCGGAUGUAAAGGUUGGUGAUACGAAUGAUGUCAAGCAAAAUAUAAAAAAAGGCCUAAAUGAUGUCCAGAAGAAGAAGAAGAAAAUCGUUCCGGAAAAGAAGGAGAAGCUCACCCCUGGAGUGUACGUGCGUAGCCAGAAGCUACCAACCGUUAAGCCUACAAUGCAACAAAAGGUUCUCAAGGUGAUGGAAGAACUGGCGAUUGGUGCGCGACCCGUGAUGCCAACUGCCCAGGUGUGCCACAAGUUCGAGCAGCUGCAGAAUUCCAUUCUGAAUAUGUUUGAGCUCAAAAAGGUGGUUGACAAAAUGGAAAUGGAGCACAAGAUGAAGACGCAGCGGAGCCGUGACGGAACGCCAGCCGUGGUCAACCGCGAUGGAGCCAACAGAGUAAGUCUUGCUUUAAUCACAAUUCACAAUUCGCAAAAAACUAACCAUCUGUACGUCAACAAAGAAACGGUCUUCCAGUACUGCCGGCCAAUCGUCUGCCCCUCGUGA